AUGAAACACAUACUAACAGCAGUCAUGUUGCUGUGGAGCUCUGGUCUUCAGGCCGGCAUAGAUCAUUCUGCAGAGUCUCUAAACAUCAGGUUAACAGGUGGAGCCAGCCGCUGUGCUGGACAACUGCAAAUGAAAUUCAACAAUGUUUGGAGACCAGUGGAUGACCCAAAAUUUGGCUGGAACUUGAAGACCGCAGCGUCAGUGUGUCAAAAGCUGGAUUGUGGAUCCGCUUUGUCAGCCAAAAUUCAGCAAAAGUACACAUCAAGGCUUGUGUGGAAGGUCAAGGCUUCUAGUGUUCAGUCUGCAUCUGCACUGAGAGAGGAUGUAAAAAUGCAGUCCCAGUACUCCCUUUCCAGCUUGGACAUCACCUGCUCAGACUCUGUCAGGCUGGUGAAUGGGAGCACUCUGUGUUCAGGCAGACUAGAGGUGAGAGCCAAUCAGUCGUGGUACUCGAUUUGUAAAGAUGGGUUUGACUGGCAGGAAGCAGAGGUGGCCUGUAGAGAGAUCGGCUGUAGGGCUCCUUUGAAUUUCCAGUCAGAGCUCUAUGAAAGCAACAACCCCUCCAGGUGGAGGAAAGAGUUCAACUGCUGGGGAAAUGAGUCGUCUCUGCUGGACUGUGACACCCACGAGUCAGAAAGGAAACCCUGCCCACAUGUUGAACUUCAGUGCUCAGAGCCUGAUGAUGUAAGGCUGGUGGCAGAAGACAGCCACUGUGCUGGUAGACUGGAGAUGAGACUCUUGGAUCAAUGGAAACCGGUAGAUGGUCUACAUGGAGACCUGAAGUCUGCGACAUCAGUGUGUAAACAACUGAAUUGCGGCUUAGCUCUGUCAGCUGAACUCAAGGUUUCUUCCUCAAAAUAUGUAUGGGGGAUCAUUUCCUCUGAUGCUCCACUGAGGGAACAUGUAUCCACCAGGCCCUGGUUCUCGCAAUUCAGCCUGGAUAUCACCUGCUCAGCAAAUGUCAAAUUGGCAACUAAAACCCAGGAGGCUCUUUCCAGCUCACCUUACCACCUCCAAUACAGCCAGAGGUGGAAAUAG